AUGCACCGCCUCGGCGCCGUGGCGUCGUCGUUCAAGCACGGCGCGUCGAGCGUGGCGAAAAACAUCGUCUUCGGCGCGCCCGAGGACGAUUCGGGCGCGGGCGCCGAGCCGUUGCUGGACGAACUCACCGAGGGCGUCCUCGGCGCCGAUCGCAUCGCCGCCGCGGAAGCGCUGCGACGGUUGAUCGAAAAGGAUGAACGCGCGCGGUCGUUCGUCGCCGAGCGAGGGCUGGUGAAGAUGUUCGAGACGCUGCGGGAUACGAACGAUGACGACGGUUUGGUGCGCGCGACGCUGGAGACUAUGCGAGCGGCGGCGAGCGGAGAAGCGAGCGAAGGACGCGAACGGGCGCGAGAGGUGAUCACGGGAGACGUGAAUAACGUGAAACAGUUGGUGAGUGAGCUUAGGGGGGUGGAUUUUUAUUCAAAGCUGCACGCGGCGCAGACGCUGAGCGAGGCGAGCGAGACGCGAGGCGAGGCGAUGCGAGCGGGAAUGUUGGCGGAUCCCACCGCGGUGCCGACGCUGAUGGAUGCGAUGAAGGAAAAUGAAGUGAUUCGUAAUGAAAUACUAUUGCUUCUUGUGUCGCUGACGAGAGGAAACGAGGAGUUGCAAAAGAUCGUUGCGUUUGAGGGCGCGUUUGAGCGCGCGUUCGCCGUGAUGCGAGAGGAGGGUGGCGUCGACGGCGGCGUGGUCGUGCAAGACUGUUUGGAGUUGUGCAAUAACUUACUCAGGGAUAAUCCUAGCAACCAGACCUUGUUUCGCGAGAGCGGGUUUGUGCGCAGCGUUCCGGGCAUGGCGGCGGUGGAGCGUGAGAUUGGUAAUGCCGGCAUGCAAGGAAUUUCGGCGCAAAAAGCAGCGAAUACGUUGUGCGCGCUCGAGACGGUGCAUCUACUGGUUAGCCCUGAUGAAGAAAGUGGGAAACGUAAGCACUUGAACAGAGAUGACGAGCUAGAUGCGAUGAUGAAGCAGCAACGCUUGCAGGGUUGUCGAGCGAACCAAAGCGAAUUGGCCAAGCACGGAACGGUGGAAAUUCUUGUGCGAGCGGCAUUGGGAGAUUCAGCGGUGAACGCCGUCAGUGUGCGCGUCGCAGCCUUACGCGCAUUGGCGGCGCUCGUGCGCGACCAUGAAGGUAACCAGACCGCGUUGUUUAGCGCCACGGCUGAUCGUGCGGGCACGGUGACUGAACCAGCGCUGUUGUCGUGCGGCCGAGCGGCGCUACAUAGCGAAUCGCCAGCUGAGCGCAGUGCCGCAAUAUUAGUUUUAGGCGCGGCGAUGCUCGGAAAUCCCGAUGGUCAGCUACUGCUCGUAUCCACGCUCGCACCGACUGGUCUAGGAGCUGAUGACAGGAGUGAGGAGUCGUCGCUUGGUGGGUUACUUGCCCGAGCUCUUAUGCAGAAGGGCGGAUCGAGCGUGGCGUUCGACGAAGCCAGCACAGCGGCGGCGAGUGUUCUUCGCGACAUGCUGCACAAAAACGAUCAAAGUAAACUCAAAGCACUACGGGUAAACUUGGAACCACUGAGCUCACGCUCGAACGCGUCUGAACUGUUGCUUCCUCGUUGCGUGCGCCAACUCGCGGUGACGCACGCUCGGGAAGAGGAUGAAGAAAAGGUGGAAAAGCUGCAGUCGGUUCUCUUGCGGCUUUUGAUCGUGUGGCUAUACGAGUGCAAGGCGGCGGUUGAAGCGUUUUUGUCGUCCCCGGGGCAUCUUCCCGCCAUAGCCGAUCUGGCACGAACUGGCGGAAGCACAGAAUCGCCCCAUGUCGCCGCGCUCGCAUGCGUCGUGUUGGGAUGCUGCUUGCUCGAAAACUCUGGGAGCGUGCUCGACGUCGUCUCUGCCCGAGUGGGAUUGCAGAAUUUCUUCAUGAAGUGGGAGACGAUGACGAAGUCAUCGCUGUACGCCGACGCGUCGAGAGCACCCACGUUGCCAAAACCUUUGACGCGAGCGAAUGCGGCGAAGUUCGCGACGCAGAGUGAGGGAGCGGAGGAUGUCUCACCCGGUGGAGGAUUGUACGAUCACGACAUUACAGUGUUCAUCAACGAGUUAGAAGAGCGCGUGAAGUCGGCAAUAAUGUCACUGUAUGCGAAGCCUUCGGGCGCUGGAGAUGAGUGUGCGGUGUCGAGCGUGGCUAAACGAGAGGACGAAGACGACGUCUCAUACGCGCGGCGCUUACAAGAGGCACUUCAAGCGAGUGAGUCGGAAUUAGCGGAGGUGCGCUCGCGAAACGCCGUACUGGCAGAACAGAUUUUGGGCGUUGCACCGACAUCGGCAAACGCGAGCGAUGAUCCAUCCGCAGUGGCGAAGAACGGCGCGCGUCACGCGUCCGCCGAAGCCCUUCACGCCGCCGUCGAGGCGGCGAAGCGAGCGAGCGCCCAAGAGAUCGCAUCCCUAACUUCCGAGCUUGAGGAAGUCAAAAAAGUGGCCGAAGAACGUCAGGAAGCCCUCACGUCAUUGAGCACGGCGUAUAACGGUUUAGAAGCGGAGGUGUAUCGUCUCGAAACUGAAGCCAAUGGCUUGCGCGAAAAGCUCCACGCGUCUUCGGAAUUUGGCGGCGGCGCCGCGCCCGAGACCUCAUCUUUAGACAUCGCGCGAGAAGCCGGCCGCGAAGAAGCCGCCGUCGCCGACGCUCGCGCCGCCGACGAAGCAGAGCUCAACGAUCUUCUCGCCUGUCUCGGGCAAGAGGAAGCGUCCAAGGAGCACUUGCUCGCUAAACUCAUCGCCGCGGGCGAGAGCGAGGCCGCGCUAUUGGACGAGCUCGCGUCCAUCGUCAUCGAGGACGUCGACGCGUAG